AUGGCUCCUCAGUCGUCUUUCCAAGGUUCGCGUAGUAGCAGCAAGAGUCGUGGGAGAAGGAGGACAUGCUUCUGUGAAGAGAGACCAGCAUUGCGGACAUCAUCUACAGCGGAGAACCCAGGAAGAAGAUUUUGGGGCUGUGUCAACUAUCAGAUAGGAAAAGGAUGCAAUUAUUUUUCUUGGGCAGAGCCUGAAGGGCAAGAUCCACAAAUUGAAAGACUAAAGAACAAAGCAAGUUCGUUAAAACAAGAACUGCAGAAAGCUGAAAGAAAAUUUGCAUUGGCACUUGCUAUUGGAAUUCUUGGAUGGACAAUGGCUGGGCUGCUGCUAUAUGAUCGACUUAAUUGA